AUGGACAUUUUCUUGAACAUUUCCAGAAUCUGUCCAAACGAUACAGCAAAGGUUACAGAGGCUUCCAGGAAUCUAGCCGAUAGUCUUCGUACUUCUGAGCGGAGAGAUCAGUUAAGCUGUGUGGAAGAUAUACUUGAAGCACUCAAUCUACAAUUCAAGCAGACGACUGCUAUCGACGACGAUAUCUCCCAGCUCGAGAGACUGACACAGCUGUACAGGGUAACAGCUAACAUCUGUCUCGAUAGCAACACCAACAGACAAAAGUUAAUCGAUGCCGAUGUUGAUAUCUCCGCUUUGGGGGUACUCAAAUCACUCACACCCCAACAAAUCUCGAGUCAGCCAUACGCAUUCAUGCUUAGGGCUGCUUUUGGCACUCUAAUAAAUCUCAGCCAAGACUACUCUCCUUCCCAAGAACGCCUUAACAACCACGACACUCUGCCGAUAGUGGUCAAAUUUCUCAACAGACGCAAUAUUCAAGCGAAUGACUCUGCUACAGCUGUUACCCAUUCUUAUAUUUAUGAGUGGGGAUGGCGAAUCGUUAACAAUCUACUAUCGACUGAAAAUGCUAAAAUUGAGCCUGGAAGCACUGAGGUAGAUGCUCUAUGUUCUUGGGUGGAAGCAUUUUACAGCCAAUCAAUUGAAGAUGAAUAUGCUGGAUUAGAAGAUGAAGAUGAGUUGCAAGCAGUAUAUGAGGAAGACUUAUCUUCUUUGGAGAGUGCAACGCUGCUAUUAGAAACAUUCGCGUUCGAUUCUGAGGCCGCACGUCUUUUACUUGCUCAAGAAGAGAAACUUGAUGUUCUGUUGUCUUUUGCAGAGACUCGUGAGCUUCCAAGAGCAUUAGCAGCUAGUGCAGAUCAGAGCUCAGUGGAGGAGUGGUCUAAAAUUUAUGAGGAGUGCAAGGCUGCUGUUGGGAAAUGUGUUGUCGGUAUUGCUAGUGAAGAUCAGCUGAUGAGCUUCUUCUUUGACAACGGCAGAGCACCGUUUGUGCAAAGGAUGCUGAGAUGGUUGGAAAGCGAUUUGCAGAGACUCAACAUUAGUGGUACUUUGGCUAUUGGAAACUUGGCAAGAUCUGAGGAGAAUUCUAUCAUAGCUGUGAAACAAUUCAAGAUUAUACCACGCCUCGUACAAUUGCUCCGAGACGAUGAUGUGAAGGUAUCUCAUGCUUCCAUGUGUCUACUGAAGAAUCUAUCGCUGCCUGCGUCUAACAAGGACGAAAUUGGUGAUAGUGGGGCAAUGGAAGCAGCUCAAAAGUUUCUAUCGCUCAGCUUUUCGCACGUACAGCCUCUUCAAUUUGCGACCGUUGGCUUUUAUAAGCACUUGUGUACGCAACAGUUUUGUAACACACUCACAAUUGUGAAUCACGAACCGUCUAUACUCGACUCAGUGCUUGUUCUGAUCAGCAAAAGUGAUGACGCAGGUGUAAAGAGUGAAGGAACACGUAUAUUGGUGCAUGGAAUCAAAUCUUGUUGGAUUUCUGCAGGCGAAAAGGCUCAAUAUGCCAGAUCAAAGUUCACGAGCCAUCCUGUUGCAAAAGCUUUAGUGGAGUUGUUGUGCAAUUACCGUAGAUACCAGAUCUUGAUCAACGAGGCCGUCAUGGGUCUCACUCUGCUUGCAUCAGAACGUAAAGGUGCUGACUACAUACUCGCAGAGACUUCCAAGCUAGCACCAGCUAUCAAACAAGUAUUGGAGGAUGAGAAAGAGAUCAAUAAGAAGGUCAAGCUCAACGUCUGUAUUCUCUACUCUAAUCUAGUCCUGAAACAGACUCAGGAAAAUUCAAACGCUAAGCAGCUCAAAGGCCUUCUCGAACAAGACAUAAAGAGUUUGUGUGACGAUAGCGAUAACGAGUUAUCCAAGACUGCUUCAACGGUAUUGUCAGCUACGACUUGGAGCUGA